GAUGAGAUGAUGUCAGAAUAGAAUGGAAGACUAGAGUAAGAGUAAUAAAAGGAAAGUGUUGGAAAGUGAGAUAAUGUUACAGUACUGUGGUAGUAGUGGAUGACACAACUGAGAGCUUCCAAUGGUUUUUCCUUCUUCCUCCCUCUCCCUCCCCCUCUCGUUCUUCCCCAUUCCCACUCUGCUACCUAAUAACCUCAUCUUCAGAAACAAUAACUGGACAAUCCUUAACCAACGCAAAUGCCCAUUGUCCGAGGAAAGACCACGCUUUUCAUGUUGUGCUCUAAAACCCACUUCACAAAACAGGAUUUUUAGAAGGGAUUUGAUGCUGUUGGGGCUUACUUCGCUCUCUCUACCAAUGCCACUUUCAGUGACUCUUGCUGAAGAAGAACCGAAAAUGGCUUCAUUUCUUGAUGAAAUAAAUGCCUAUUCUUAUAUGUACCCUGUUGAGUUGCCUUCCGAUAAUUUUUCCUUCAAAUGGAUUGAAUCCAGAAAGCCUGAACGAUAUUCAUCAGCAGCACCACUUUCUCCUGAUGCACGCCUGCGCAUUGUGUCUGAGCGUGUUGACUUUAUUGAUAAUGUUAUCAUUUCUGUCACGAUAGGUCCACCAAAUUCAAGCUAUAUAAAAUCAAAGGAUAAGAGUGAAUGGACUGCAAAAGAUGUUGCUGAUUCAGUUUUAGCUGACAGAUCUUCACUGCGAGUUACUUCAAGUCAGCGCUUAGAAGAGAGUUCAGUCCUUAAUACUCAUUCUAGUGAAAUUGAUGGUGAGAUGUACUGGUAUUAUGAGUACCUUGUUCGUAAAGCACCUUUGAGACUUACUGAUGAAUCAAGCACUUACAGGCAUUAUCUUGCUUCAACAGCUGAAAGAGAUGGUUAUUUGUACUCUAUCAGUGCUUCAACCGUCAGCCCUCGGUGGGAAAAACUCGGUCCUUUCCUUGAUAAAGCGGUGAGUUCGUUUCGUCUUCUUAGUCCAACAGAAAAUUAUGUUCCUCCGUACAAAGAUCCCUGGAGAUUUUGGUGAAAACUCGUUUUUAUUUUUAAUUGUAUUCAUGUGAUCAUUUUUUAGGCGUGAAGUUUAUGUAAUCAUUUAAUUGUUCUUCGAAGAAGGCAAAUCGAAAUAGCAUCCCAUUUUAUAGUUAGAUUCUUGCGAAGAGAAGAGAGCAGAACUUGACGCCUUGUAAAUUGUAAUUGUAUUUUUGCUAGAUUUUAUUUUAUUUUUUUCAGCCCA